AUGGUUAAACGAUAUCAGGGGAAGAAUCUUUCACCAAGAUGUGCUCUGAAAGUGGAUUUGAGCAAGGCAUUUGAUUCCCCAAAUUGGGACUUUGUUCUCAAUCUAGUAACAGCUUUGGAAUUUCCUUGUGUCUUCAUUCAUUGGAUUCCGAGCUGUGUCACAACUCCUAUGUCCUCCCUCUCCAUCAGUGGUGGGUCUGGUUGGAUAUUGGAGACCCUUUUGUCUCCUUAGUUCAUAUUGCAACGGAGGUGUCAUCCAAACUUCUAAAUUCAGCAGCUGCUCAGGGAAUUUUCAAAUACCAUCCAAGAUGCCAUAGUGUUGGUCUUACUCACUUGAGUUUUGCAGAUGAUGUGCUCAUUUUUUUUUCCAAGGGCACAGAAGACUCCAUCAUGAGCACAGAUGAUGUGCUCUUUUUCUUUUAUAAACUCUUUGACCUUUAGCACAACAGUGCCAAGAUUGAGCUGUUUUCCUUUGCUAUCCUAAGCAUAUUCUUUCUGAUAUUCAGCAGUGAAUUGGCUUCAAACUUGUUUCAUUGCCAGUGAAGUGCCUGGGUGUCCCCCUCAUCACAAAGGGACUCAGCAAAUAAGGAUUGUGGUCCUCUAGUAGAGAAGAUUACAAAGAGAAUUUAACACUUGGACCUCCAAGCUUCUCUCCUUCGCUGGACUCUUUUGUUUUGCUACAGGCCAACGGCCCAUGAAUUGAUGGACGAGCCCGUUAUUUCUUACGAAAGAAUUAUAAAGCCUUUGUCGAAUACAAAGGCCUUUUUAUCAUUCUCAUUGCCUCCACGCCGUUUCCCAGCAACGACCAGAACCAUCGGACGUUCGCAACAGCGUUCUUCUUUCCUUCGUUGAACGGCCAAAGAGUCUGGGUGUCAAUUUCGCAAGCUUGGGGCCUUUUGUUGUCGGAUUAAUUGCAGCUUUCAGCUCUUAACAUUCAUUCCCUUCCCCUCUCUUUGUCUCAAGGAGAGAAUCAGUCAUGUUUCUCUCCUUGGAGUUGCAGGACUUCCUUCUUCGUGCUAGGGCGCUGAAGCUCUACAGGCAAGCUCUACGGACUGCUCGAAGAGCUCCUGAUCAUUCUAGAGCUGAAUUGAAACAGGUGAUUAGACAGGAGAUGGAGAGUAAUCGAGAUUGUAAGGAUAAACAAAGGAUCCGCUUCUUGAUUAGUGAAGGAACCGAGAGACUGAAAGGUCUGACUGAGAUGCUUGGUAUGCAGGGGCAUUGCUAGUGGAAUGAAGCUGCAUUUUGGUAUCUCAAAGGAUAGUUUGAAGUCAAUAGGGAGGAUGGCCUUCGUAUCUGAGAAGCUGUCAUCCAAUUUCCUAAUUUUAGUUCAUUGAUAAUGCAAAAUAGAAGCCGGAAGAAUUGUUUGUUUCCCCUUGGAUGCUACCAGUAGUUGUAAUAAAAAUAAUGGUUCAUGAAAUUAAUAUAUACUGUUUCUAUAACUGCAUUUGUGGUGUAAGUGUCAAUGAUUUCAACUUGUUCCAACUCUUAUCAAUGUCCAGUUCUUGACUAAC